AUGGAUAGUGAAACGAAUGGUCGUGGAAGCCGUAACAGCAAACAUUCUGAUUCGAACGAUUCACCGUUGAUGUCGCACGAUUCAGCAUUCUCAAGAGAAACAUUAAAUUCGAUUGAAUCCGAUGAUGAAAAUACAAACAAUAUCAAUACACCAUCUCCAACACGUUCAAAAAGUAUUGAUGGUCGUAUAAGUCGAAUAAAUUCCACAGUACCACCGUUUAGUACAACUGCAACAAGCGUCGAUCGUUUUAAACAUGGGAUACGAUAUAUAACUGAUGGAUUUAUUCGUAAAAUUAGUAAACAAAACAAUGUUACUCGUAUUCGUUCUUUAAAUUUUAGUAAUUUACGUGAUAAAAAAAUUCGUUAUAUAGAAAAUCUUCAAACAUUAAUUAAUUUAGAAAAUCUUGAUUUAUCAAAUAAUCUUAUUGAAAAAAUUGAUGGAUUAAAAACAUUAAAAAAACUUAAAUAUUUAUCAUUUGGAAAUAAUUUUAUAAAUACAUUGACGAAUUUAGAAGAAUUAUCUCGAUUAGAACAUCUUGAUCUUCGUCAAAAUCAAAUAGAUACUAUACCAAUAUGGUUUGGAAGAAAAUUAACAUCAUUAAAAAUUUUAAAUCUAGCAAAUAAUCAUAUAGCAUCAUUUGAUCAAAUAGCACGUUUACGUACAUUAUAUGAAUUACGUGAACUUUACCUACAAGGAAAUGGUAUUGAUAAAAAUGAACAUUAUCGUUUACUUGUUAUAUCAUAUGUACCAAGUUUAAUAAAACUUGAUGGACUCGAUAUUACUGAAGAUGAACGAAAACAAGCUAAAGAACAAUUUAUUCAACAAGAAGUACAAAAUUUACUUCAUGAACUUGAACGUCGUGAUAAUGAAUGUCGACGUUUAAGUACACAAGCAACAAAUAGUGAACAAAAAUUAGAAAAAACAAGUGAUAAACUUCAAUCAAUUGAAAGUAAAAGUAUAACACAAGCAAAAGAAAUUAAAGAAUUACAAGAAAGAUUAAAUGCUAGUGAAGAACUUCUUCAACGUAAAACUUCGUUAUUACAUCAAUCAUGUGAAAAACAAUGUAAACUCGAACAAGAAUUAGCUUUUUAUAAAAUUGAUUUAAAAUUCGACAGACUUGAUUUUUCGACACAUUUAAAUCGAAGGAAUAGUUUAAAUCAAAGGACUACAGAUGAUAGUCCUUUCAUAACAAACGAUUUUAUAGGAGAUGAAGAAGAAGCGAAAUUAAUACAUGACGAUGAACGACAACGAUCUGAAAGCACAACCCAUUGGCAAUUCGCUGAAGUUCAACGAAUAUUAGGUAAUGCACCAGAUGGAAAGCUUCUUCAUACUGAGGAUGAAAAAAUUUAUAAUGAAAAACUAUUACAAUUAGCUUUUAAUGUUAGUCAAUUAACAUCUUUAAGAGCUAAACAACAUAUUAUUGAAGAACGUAUACAAAGUGCAACACAACGAAAUGAAUCCCAUGCUGUUAUCGAACAUCUUUCGGAUGAUUUGAAUAAUUUACAAAGUGAAAUUAUGAAUAAAAUUAGUGAUGUCCAAGAACUUAAACUUGGUCUUAGUGAUCUUCGUAGUGAUCAAGGAGUUGGAUUAGAUAUGGAUUUAGAACAAGUUACUAUUGAAUUAAAACUUGAUGAAGUAGUCCGACAACAUAUUGCAAAAUUUAAAUCCGAAUCAACUAAACAAUCAAAAGAAUAUGAAGUUGUUAAUGAAACAACACCAUUUGAACAAAAUUCAACUGAAGUUAUUUCAUCAUCAGGUGUAUCAGUACAUGAUCAAUCUAGUGUAACAACACGUAUCCAAUUACUUGAAAUAGCUUUAGAAGCUAAUGUUGAACAACUUCGUACAAAAGAAAUAAGUGAACAAGAAGCACAGAAUAAAGUAAUUGAAUUAAAAACUGCACUUCAACGUGAACAAAAUCAAGCACAUGAACGUAUUUGUCAUAUUGAAGAAAUGGCUGAACGUGAAAAACAACGAAUAUUAAAACAUCUAGAAGAUGAGAAACAUUUUACACGUGAUAUUAUUGAAAAAUCAGAAACAAUGAUUGACCAGCUUAAACGUGAAUUAAGUAGUGAACGUAAACGUAAAACUGACGAUCAAAAAACGCAUGAUGCUUUAAGAGAUAUUUAUAAAAAAAUAGGACCAAGUCAAGGUAAAACAUUAACAAAGUUAAAUAAUAAUGCAACAUUUACAAAAGACAGCACUGAAGAAAUAGUUGGUGGUAGUGGUGAUGAUGAUGGUGAUACAACAGUAUAUCAUAAAGAUGAUCCGUUUUUUGCUUCAACACCACGUGAUCGUUCUUUAUUAACUGAAGGCAACGAAAGUUCAGAUUCUAAUGCACUUCAACGUCAACUUGAAGAACAACUUCGAGAUGAUAACGAUGAAUCUUUAUUAAUUGAUCAACAAAGUGAAACAAAUAAGUCAAUAGGAAGAUCUCGUUCAUGUUUACCACCAUCACCUAAACGACGAACAAAUAAAAACUCGUUAUCAAGAACAUCAUCAGCAUCGGAUAAAAUUCAAUCAUCGAUUUCAAAAACAGACUCAAUAUCGAAUGCGGAAGAUGACGAUGAUAAUGAUUUACUUUUUCGUCUUCAUGGUUAUAUUAAAGCUGGUCAAGCGAAUAUAUCUGGUUUAGGUGAUCUUGCACGUCUAACAGUAAAUGAUUCAGGAUAUUCAAGUCAACAAACAGGACGAGAAACAAGUAUUGCAAAUGAUAAAUUACAAUCUCUUCUUUCUACUCAACCAUUUUCUUCAUCUAAUAAAUGUUUCAUUGAUCCAAAUCUAUUUAAUCGUGAAUAUACAGUUGGAGUUAUUACAACAAAUUCUGAUCAACAACAACGUUAUUAUGAUCAAUCAAAAGUCGGUAAUGUUACAUUAUAUCCAACACCAGAUGGCUAUAUUCUUGGACCACAUUCAAUAACUGUUCCACAAGAAAGAUUAUCUUCGUAUACAAAUCCAUCUCCAUCACAUUCGUUAACACAUACGGAUUCUCAAUAUUUUGCAUAUGUUAAUAUUCCACCAGAUGCACUUUCAUCAAAUCGUCCAGCAGCAACACGAAAUAAACGUGAUGAAGUACGUUUACAAGGACCAGUUAUACUUCGUCAUGAUACAAUCUCGAAAUCUGAAGAUGUUUCUCCAGUAUCCGUUAAAGUUCGUAGUUUAAAAUUUCCUGAUGUUGACCAAAGUCCAACGACUGAUUCGAAUUUAAUUCGUCGAGAAAUUGAUCGAACAUCAGAUGAACUUGAUUAUUUAAAAUUAAAAUUACAACGUACAGAAAAUGAUUUACCACAUAAUAAUCAAUUACAUUUAUUAAAACAUACAUUAGAACAUCAAACAAGAGAAAUUGAACGUGUAAGAAUAAUUCAUCGAGAAAUAUUAAAUAGUGGUCGUGAUAGUGAAGCAAAUCUUCUUGAUUUAUGUCAACAAGUUCAACGUAUACAACGAGAUGUACAUGAACAUCUAAGUCCAUCACUUUUACGUCUAAUAGAUGAAUCUUCACGAAUAAAUCCGGGUAAAUUAAUACCAUUAUCAUCAGGUGAUGGUCACUGGUUAUGUACUGUUCCACGACAUGCUGAUCUUGAACAGAUAAUAGCUGAUCUUGAAGCAAAACUUGAUGAACAACGACGAGAAAUAACUGAUACAAAAUAUGAAAAUCGUCGAUUGGAACGAUCAUUAGUUAGAAAAUCGGUUAGAAUUGAGGGUCUUGAUUUAGCAGCAGCACAUAAACGAUCACGAUCUAUUGCUGAUUUAACUGAAAGAGAAAGUCUUCAGGAUGAUAUUUUUGUCUUGGAACAACAACUUCUUCGAAAACAACGUGAAAUUGCAAUUUCACAAGAACAAUUAAGAGAAAUGACAUCAUUAUCUCAAAAUGUUGUUCAUGAUUUAAAAACUGCUCGUCAACAUCAAACAAUUGCAAAACGUGAAACAAAAGGUCUUCAACAAAAAAUCGAAAUAUUAACUCGAAAAUUAUAUAAAUUAACAAAUGAUACAAAACGAGCAGAAGAAACUCUUACAAAAACAUCAAUGAAUAUUCAAUUAAUGGAUAAAGAAGAAACAAAAUUAGACAAAAUAAUUGAUGAAAAACGAGCUUUAUCAAUUGUUCUUGAUGAACAACUUUAUGCAUCAUUUAAUUCAUUUAAUUCUCUUAUCAAUUCAUCUAUGAAAUGUUUACAAGAAUUAACAUCAGCAACAACUGAAGAUGAAUUACAAUUCAAUUCAUUACCAGCACCUUCAUCACAAAUAAAUUCAACAUCAUCAAAUAUACCACCAGAAGAAAUGCAACGACAAAUUUCACAUAUGAUCUCAGAAAAUAGUCGUAUACUUUCACGCUAUCAUACAAUGUUACAACAACAAAAACAAAAAUCAACAACAUUAAAAAAUGAAUUAACAGAAAAAGAAACAACUUUAGCACAUAUUAAAUCUGAAUUAGAUGCUUACAAUGAACAAUUACGAAAAAAUGCUCAAGAACUUUUACAGGAUAAAAAUGUUUUGGAAGAAUUAGAACGUGUUAAAGAAUUAAAAGCCGAUAAAGUAUCUGAACUUGAACGUCUCAUUGAACGUCGUCAAACACAAGAAAAACAUGCACAAAAAGAAUUAGAACAAAUAACAAAUGAACAACAACGUUUAAAAAAACAAUAUAAAGAUGGUUUAUCAGAAUAUGAUCAAUUAAAACAUAAUAUAGAAGCUGAUCGACAAAUAUUAGCUGAAAUGAAAAAUGAAUCAACACAUUUACGUGAACAAAUUAAAACAUUUCUUGAUGAAAAAGAACAAUUAGAUGAAGCAUGUGAUUUACUAGCUAAAAAAUGUGAAGCUUUACAUAAUGCAUGUAAAGAAAAAGAACAAAGUAGUCUACCAGGACUUAUAUCACAAAUUGAUGAAAAAUUAACAGUAUGUAAAAGUUUAGAAGAUGAAGUUAUUAAAUUAAAAUCUGAAAAAACACGUUGUUUGGAAGAAGUUACUGAAAUGAAACAAAAAAUUGAAAAGAAACGUAUGGAACUUGGACAUUCAUCGAAUGAUUUUAGUUUAGAACAUCAUGGUCAAGAUUUACAACAACGUAUUAGACGUAGUGAAUUAGAUUUAGAUAGACUUAAUGGUAAUAUUGAUGAACGUAGUCGGACUUUAAAUGAAUUAAAUACAAUGAUUGCUUAUACUAAAAAUAUUAUGAAAAAUAACCCACCAAAUGAAAAUCGUCGAAAUUUUACACAAGGUUUAUCAUCCGAUUUUCCAAUUCUCGAUCAACGACAUCAACAAGAAAAUGCAACAUAUUAUGAAACUAAAAUUCAACGAUUAACAACAACUCUUAAUGAUAAAGAACAAGAACUUCGAUCAUCAAAUAUGCAAUUAAUAAUGGCAAAAGAUGAACUUCUACAAAUGCAAUAUAAAGUACAAAAUCAAGAAGCAAAUGCUGAAGCUGUACGUAAUUCUAUGCAAGUUGAAUUAGAUAAAUUAAAACAUUGGUUACAAAUCUAUGAAAAUCGAAAAGCAAUAUUACGCCCACAAUAUCAUGAAACAUUAAAAGAAUUAGAAUUAAAAUUACAUGAACAAGAAAUGUUUUAUAGAAAACAAAUUAAAGAUCUUGAUUCCGAAAUGAAAAGAAAACAUCAUGGAAGACCAUCGGAUGAUUCAGGAUUCUUCAGUGAUACAACUAUAGGUGAAAGUCGUAUAUCUCCAACAGUUGAUGCUAAUGAUACAUCGAUGUUACGUGAACAAAUUCAAAAUAUAUUCUCUCAACAUACUCAGGAAUUAGAUAAAUGUAAUUCAAAAUAUAAAACGAAUUUAUCGAAUCUUAAAAAUCGUCUCCAUGAAUUAGAAAAUUCUACAACAACAACGACCUAUUAA